AUGGACACAGACAUUCCCAUUGACCAGAUUGUGCUGGGGCUACGGGAGAAGCCGCUGGCCGAGCAGCUUGAACUGCUUUUGCUGGCGUAUAACAAUGGCGCUCCAUCGCAGAAGGACCAGUUGGAGGUGGUGAUCACUUUGCUUAAAUACACUGUUCCUGAUGUGUAUAGACACUUGACGGCACCUACGCAGGAGAUGGUGGCGACGGCGUUUCGGUCGACGGUGGGGCUUGGGAACUUGCUUUCGAGGAUAGACAUGUUGCUUCGGCUGAAGGCUGAUCUUCUGUUGGACGUGCUUCUGGCGGUGAACUGUCAUACUAGACUACUUGAAAAAGUGCUUCUGCUGGGCUUGCUUCGGAACUUGCUUGUGGGGAGACCACAGCUUGAGCAGAAGGAAGUGGAUCGGUUGUUGUUUAAGGGGAAAUGCUAUGCUGUGCUUCGAGAGGCUGACUAUAGACUUACUGGCGUAUAUGUGCCUACGGUGUGCCGAGACCUGAGCGCCUAUGCUGCUUUCCUUUGUCAUGAAUUGCUUUCUGUUCAUGGCGAAUGUGACGCUAAGCUUAUCAAUACUCUUGUUCAUUCGCUACAGGGCGUGAAUCAAGAUACCACUUUCCAGUUCUUCGAUACGAUGUUCUCGCCAGGUAAUAUUGACUUUUUGCGUCGUUGCGUGCUGGAAAUGAAACGUUUUGAGCGGAAAAGCAGUCUUCUUAAGUUCCUACAGUUCGUGCAAAACGCAUACCUUCGAGGUGAUAAACCAGACCUUGUGCCUGCUCUAUAUACGCUUACAAACUACUGCUUCGACCAUGCAGUGUGGGAUAGCGUCAUGAUGGAAUCGAUAAUUGGCCGCUCCAGCUAUGCAUUGAAUACCUUGUCUGCGUACUUGGCUAGAGCUGGCCUUGACGAUGCAAACUAUGUUUCUUUGGUAUACAAGACUCUACAGGUCUGGGGUAAUUCUAUCCAUAUGAAGGGCGAGCCUAUUGUCACACAAGGCUUCCGUACCCAUCUUCUUGUCAGUUUGUGUGCUUUGGUGCCGCAGAAGACUCUUCAGGAUCUACUUGGCCAGAAACCAUUUAUUGAUGCCAUCACAACCAGGCUUCAGGCUGUAUCUGACAGGGUUCGAAGUCUAGGGGUUUAUUUCGCCGAUAAAGUAUGUGAAUUUGCUGAUCAUGAUCGUAUAUUCAACAUGGGUAGCUCGGCUUUGGGCGUUGCAUUUCCUGAAAUAGCUACCCAUCUUCCAACGCUAGAGUUGGAGCAGGCAUGGGAGCAGCUCGAUGCUCCUACUAUAGAGCCACCAGCUCCAGAUGUUGAUGAACUUGAACAGGUUUUCAAGCUGUCGCUACGAAACGAAACUGCAAAUGAUGAUGCACAGAUGAGUGAUGAAGAAGAUGAUCCUACUUUGUCCACAGCGCAGAAAGUUCAACUGCCGCUUUAUAUUCGUGACGUGCUUAAUUACCUUCUGACCGAUACCAAAGCACCACAAGCAUACGAGAUGAUCCAAAUUGCAUUGAAGUCUGCGCCAACACUAAUAAGGCAAAAGAAGGGCUUCGGUGAUGAGGUUGCAUUUUAUGCUGAAGACCUUCUUAGUAAAUUGGCAGGUAUGACAAAUUUCUUUGAAGACGCUGAAUUUGAGACAUUAAAACUCAAUGCUAUGAUUGCUGUCGUCGUUAGUUAUCCGCCAGUCACUACUCAUCUUUGUCAAUUACUUCUCACAGGUGACUAUUCGCUUCAACAGCGAGUUUGUCUUCUUUCUACAUUAUCACUUGCUGCAAGGGAAUUGAGAGGAUACAAAGAUGAAGCCGUAUCUCUGAGCCACAAGGCCCAGAACUUCCCAUCGCAAAUGCUUCCAGAGGGUCUUCACCAGCAAUACUUGGCAGCAGAAGGGAAACAAAUCGAAGAUUACGGUAACCUGGCUAUUCAAGCACAAAUCCAAAACCAGCUUAUGGGCGAUGCUUCCGAAGAAGCCAAGGAUGAACUCGCCGGCGGCCGUAUUCUCCGAGUAUCUGCGUCACUUAAGAAGAAGCCUGAAAACCAUUCUGGCCCGCUCAUACCAAAAGACGCUCUCAAUCAGUUCAACAAGUCUGUUGGAAGAACCUUCUUUUUCCCUCUUGUGAAUCUAUGGUGGGAAAGUGGAGGAAUCAACAUUGGUGCUUAUACUCCUGUGCUUAUUGCACACUACCUUAAGACCCUUUCGUUGAUUCUUCACGCCGCUUACCCUUCUGCCUCAGAUCUUCUAGAAAUGUCCAGGGAAUACUUAGCGCUCUUGGUUCUGAUAAUCCCUGUGCUUGACGCAGAACAGCUUCCUGUCGUUGAAAGUCUUUGCACUGGCGCUCUCUUGGUGAUGGACGUGGUUGACGAUAGUUUCCUUAUUACAGAGAUGCUGAAUGAUUUGAGCAAGAUCCAAGCGUUCCUUUCAACCAUCUGGGAGUCAAUUAUUGACGAGAAGGUGAAAAGUAUCUGUGCUGGUCUUCUACUUCGUCUUAAUGAACUACACGAGAAGUACGAAAGAACCAUUAUGGACCAAAUGAACCGUGGCUUUAUCUAA